AUGACGGGAAAUGCACGGCGGUGUCGCAAGCUCCUCCAUCAACCUUCGUCAACGGUCCUGGAUCUCCGGUUGUUGUCGCAAGUCGAGUUGAACGUCAUCAGAGUACAUAUAAAUGAAACACUCGGUGCCAAGAUACCCCUGGCUCGUGCCGAUAUUGCAGCGUUCGUACAAGAAGCUAAGCUUGAUCUUGAUUUGUGGUUUGAAGACUGGCAACGAAUCAUAGAGAACGCCCUCGCACCAGAUGACGAAGAGCGAGCGCCACUGCUAGCCGCACUUCGCAUCCAGAAAUGCUGGUCCGAGAUGAUGCUCCAUUGCAAGGCUCUGCGGUCUCUGGGCGUGGAAAACGUUGCGGCAAUGUCUCCGGUCGAGCGAAAGAUCCUUCUAAUGGCAAAAGCCAGCGCGCGCAAACACCUCAGCCUGAUGACUAUCGAACAUGACUCGUACCUUGAGAAGCUCAAAUAUGCGAUGGAUUUCGUCUGGGCGAAGUGCGCAUUCUGCUUUCUGCUUCUGCUCAAACUUUCCAGACUCCUGUCGGAGGGAAAAGAAGAGCAUGAGGAACUCCUAACCCAUGGAAACAGAUUGCUGGAAGACCUGACGAAAAGCGUCUCAAACAGCAACGCCGCCAGUAACGGCAAUGCGUAUCUCCAGAUUCUCCGACUAAGCAUCGAAAAGUACGGUCGCACUCUUCAGGAGAGUGGCCUGGGUGACGAGGGCGAAAAUGCGGAUACGGCACCGUUCUGGGAAUUGUUCGAUGCCCAAACCGAGUUGACCUCGUUUGUGCCAGAGCAGUUCGUCAGCGAGUGGGAUUUCCCAGGCCUGAAUCUGUUCUAUUUUCCCACAACGUGGCAGGACUUUUUCGCGGACUUUUCGUUGGCAGUCUGA